AUGUUCACUCAGAAGAAGAAUCUGAUGAACAACAGUAGUCUACCCACGUCGCCUGCUCGACAUCCAAAGUCUCCCCCCUUUAACUCUCCGCUCCUCCACGCCAACACUCUCCAUCAACAUCAGGCCAUAUACAAUGCUCAAGGUCUCCCAGGUGGCGACCAUGAUCCUCAGCUGAUGAAUCCAGCACUUGCCUAUGGCUCUCCUCCCUUUUACGCGUCCCAGCAGUCGUUUUCCAUGCAAGCCAUGCCCAUGUACCAACAACAGCGACCUACUUCGUUUCCUCGCACCCUUGGUGCUUUUCCCCACGCACCCACAGGUGUCUUUGGGUCUUCAGUGCCAACCGUCAACCCGCAGCUUACGCUGUCUCCUCCACCAAACCCACCGUGGAUACAGCAAUCAUAUUUUUCACAUGAAGGCAGCUCGAUUGAGCAGCAGCAACAGCAUCACCAAUCGUCCCAGGACCAUGCUACCUUUGACAAGUCCAUCUUUGAGGAUCCUCGAGGCUUUCACCUUGCGCUCCUUGAGAAUAAUCCAAAGCAAGAAUUGCAGCAGCCGCUCCCGUCGGUGCAGGCAAAUCGAGGCGGCCUAGGAGUUGCUAAUGAGGCUUCAUUAAAGCAUGAUGACAACCUCCCAGUGACAGGGCCUGGACCGCACUCGGACAGUUCCAAUGGCGUUGUAAAGUCGAAAAGGAAAAAAAUAACUCCCCGUGACCCAGUUCGUCGACCGACUAACAACAAUGGUCGUCCAUCCAAACGGCCUAGACGCCAGGUCGAGUCGGAAGACGACGAUGUCGACUCGGACGACGACGAGGCAACGCGAGCCAACAAAUACCACAAGGCUUGUCACCAUUGUCGCAAGCAAAAGAGCAAAUGCCACAUGGACAAGAAUAGUAACACGUGCAAAAGCUGCCAGCUGCAUAACCGUGAAUGCUUUGUUGAGCUACGUCCAGAGCGUAGACUGCCCAUCUCACGCAAGGUGCUCCAAGCCGAACUCGACAAGAAGAAUGCUAUCAUCGAGUUGUUCAGUCGUAUGCUCAAGCCUUAUAUGCUCCAGCACCCAGGCGAAGAGAACCUUUCGUCCGGUUCUCCUCCCUCUUCUGCAGCUUACGAAGAGCCACUGCGGAAGCAAGUCCUGGAAUGGCUCGAAAAGGCCGAGGCUUCACGCGUAGCAUUUACCUCGAUGGAUCUCAACGGCCGCGCAUUCAACGAAACCUCGUCCUCGUCCGACGACGACGAAGCGAAGCCGACCUCCCACGACGGCGAACACUACCAGCAGCAAGACUACUCUGGUGGUCGACAACCUCGUCGUCCAGGUCUUCGCAGUUCCGCGAGAUCAGCGAGUGGGAUGAGCGGGCUCGGAAUGGCCCAUCUCGAGUUGAGUGACAGUCGCUCAACACCCUCGCGGUCCCCGCGCGCAUCCCGUGGCGCAAACCUCUCUAUUCGCCACCCCGUCGGUGUCCUCGCUGCUGCUUCGCUACGCGGGGCUGCCGUCAAUACCGCUGCAAGCCACGCAGAAUCGAGUGUAGGCGAGCCUCCGCUCCCUAUUAGUCCCUCUUCGGUCGAUAUUGGUGUUGCGAGACAUGAUUAUUUCAUCUCGGGCGACCCGAUGGCCGCCAAGUUCUCGCAGCUUGGGUUGAGGAGGAUUGAGAUUGAUCGUGGACUCAGCGAGGAGCCAAAGUUGUUGCGCAAGGGUCUCAUCGAACCUCCAGAAGUCGACAAGCUGUUUGCCAUCUUUUACGAAAAGCUCAACCCAUCUAUCAACUUGCUCGACGAGACAUUGCACAAGCCCGCUACGACCUUUGCACGCUGCCCGCUCCUCUUCACUGUCGUCUGUGCCGUUGCCUCUCGAUAUCACACGGAACGUCCGGAGCUUUACAGUAUUGCCAUGCACUUUGCCAUGACAUCGGCCGCCUCGUCGCUCACGGAUAGCAAGAAGAGUGUCGAGCUUUGCCAGGCGUAUCUACUCCUAUCCUUGUGGCCUCUUCCCUGCCGCAAGUACGACGAGGACAGAGCCUGGAUCUAUCUUGGUCUCGCCAUCCGCAUGGCCAUGGACCUCAACCUGCACAUUCCAGUCGACAUCGAAGCCGCAAACGAGGAACAGGAGAGGGAAAUUCUUAACCGCACCCGUACCUGGAUCGUUUGCUUCAAUAUGGACCGCUCGACGUCUGCACAACUUGGCAAGCCAAUGACAAUCCGCGAAAACUACCUGAUCCACAAGUCGGAGGACUGGUACCGCCGCUCGAAAUACAACACUCCUUAUGACAUUCAUCUAUGCCAAAUCACUGCGCUCAUGCGCAUUAUGUCUCGCGCUCAGGAUACCAUUUAUGCCGACGUGAACACGCCUUCGGGUAUCAAAGAAGAUCUUGAUCUCCGUCAGACGGCGUUCGAGUUUGACGACGAGAUUGUUGCCUGGGAGCAGCGCUCUGCCGCGCUCCUUGCGGCAGAAGAGACUUCGGAUGAUCCCCGCUGCCGUUACCGACGCCAUUUACUCCCAUUCUAUGCCAACUACUCGAGACUUGUUAUACUGUCGUUUGGAUUCCAAUACUCGCUCAGUAUGGGAUUGCUUACCCCAGGAGACGACCUCAUCACGCGGUGCCUCGACGCUGCCCAAAAGGUCAUUGCUAUGAUGGUCAACGACCCCGUCAUGAGACCUUAUCUCCGACACGCACCUGACAGCCAUCUCGUCUUCGCCUCGUUUGCGUCCGCAUUCCUCCUCAAGCUUCUUCGACACAAAUUCGUUCACCUCAUUGAAGAGGAGAAACGUGAGGAUCAUCCGCUCGUUGAGCGCUUUAUUCGCGUGCUCAGCGACUCGUCCGUCUCCAUCGACGACUCGCACAUGCCAAAGAUUUAUGCCCGCUUCCUCGACAGUUUACUGCAAAAGCACCGUAUGUACGAGGCAGAGGCCGCGCAGAAGUACGAGUCUGGAGGAGGUGCAGCAGCAAACGGCGUCGAGCCUCGACGGGAUCAGGACACGGCGAUGGACACCCGUGAAAGUGGACUCGCGAUUGAUCUGAAUACGGUUCACCAGGACAAUACUUCACUUCACGGACAGCUCUUGUCCCCUUCGUCGCACCCCUCGAUCCAAUUUACCCCGCCGUCAUACGACGACGAGACGUAUGGAAGGUAUACCCUCCCUGAAUCCAUCGACCAUGUGUUGAAUGGACCGUCAACUGUGGGUAUGGCCGUGCCAGACUUUGGAUACGAGAUGUCCCUCGGGGACUCCGCUACAUUAUCCGGUUCUGGAACGGCAACUGCCCUCGACGAUGUCAAUCGCGAUGGCAAAUACACGCUGGAUAAUAUUUUAUCUGGUUCAUUCUGGCCGCACGAGUCCACCUCGAGCGUGCCUCCGCCCGCCGCGGCGUUAAACAGCUGGGAAAAGGACCUCUUCCACCAAUUCUUCCCCGGCUUUGAUGGGUAA